UCUGCCAUAAUAAACAUUCCGCUGUCAGCCAAACACACGGCUGUGCUGAAGUAGUCACUGCCACAUACAGGCCGUUGGAGACACAGCAUAUUUAACUUGUGAUGACAUUAUUUAUUAGCCACCAUCGAGAACCUGCCUGAGUAAUAACGAAUUUGACCCGCAGUCGUUAAGGCUGUGCAGGGUGAAGUCGGGGGAGACGGACAGGAACAAAAAAACAAAGAUGGCUGUGUAACCAGAGAGACGAGUCCCAGCAGAACUGUCUCUACUCUCUACCCGCGGCUUUAAUCAUCGACAGGUCCAGUGGGUACUCUGCGGACAGUCAGUCGGUACCGGAGCAGGGAGGGUAGAUGAGGAGCCGAGCUGGGCCACCGGUGUACAUCGUUGUAAUCUGCUGUCAGGGCGAAUAACGGCGUCGAGAGCAACAACAGCUGAGAGCCGAGCUGAGUUGUUUUUGUUCUGCAGAGGGAGAGGACUGCUGUGUUUUUGUCAACGUAGCUAGCCGCAUAGUCUGCUAGUCUCACUGUAAGUCAACACAACUAGUCUAAUUAAGUUGUUAUUUUGCACAUGAUCUCGUUAUAACACAUUGGCUUGUUACAUUUUAAGUGGCGGGUGGCAUUGAUAAUAAUAAUAAGUUAGUCUGCAUUCCUCUCUGACAGCCUGCUGCCGGAGCGUUAGCCUAGCCGACGCUAGCUAGCUGUCAGCUGACCGUUAGCCUGACAGGUUGUACGCUAGCACUGAGCUAACCUGCUAAUAUUUCAGGCUCAGCGGCAGGUACACCUCAGAAAUAUCUAGACAGCCGUCGUCAUGUCUUCACUGGAAGAGAGAGACGGUGUGGCCGCCCCUGGCUCCUCCUCGGCCGGCAUGGGGGUCGGGGCCGUGGGGGCAGCGGUUGAGGCUGUCGCCGGGGUCGCAGCCAUGCAGGAGGAGGUCGGUAUCCGAAGAGAAGGGCCCGAGCCUGACCCAGACGAGCCACCCAAGAAGAGGGUGAGAGUGCCCGAUGGAGAGUCAGGAAAGCUGGAGGAGAGGCUGUACUCAGUGCUGUGCUGCACCGUGUGCAUAGACUUGCCCAAGGCGUCUGUAUAUCAGUGUUCCAAUGGACACCUGAUGUGUGCAGGCUGUUUCAUCCACCUUUUGGCCGAUUCUCGUCUCAAGGAGGAACAGGCCACGUGUCCCAACUGCAGGUGUGAGAUCAGCAAGAACCUGUGCUGCAGGAACCUGGCCGUGGAGAAGGCUGUCAGCGAGCUGCCGACAGAGUGUGCCUACUGCACAAAACAGUUCCCCCGCUCCAGCCUAGAGAGACACCAGAAAGAGGAUUGCCAAGACAGGGUGACGCAGUGUAAGUACAAGAGGAUCGGCUGCCCCUGGAAGGGUCCGUUCCAAGAGCUGCCGGCCCACGAGAGCGAGUGCUCCCACCCCACCAAGACUGGGACGGAGCUGAUGGGCAUUCUGGGAGAUAUGGACCAGAGCCACCGCAGAGACAUGCAGCUCUACAACAGCAUCUUCGGCCUGCUCUGCUACGAGAAGAUCGGCUUUACAGAUAAACUGGUUGCUCUGCUCCAUCCAGAGGUGCAGUUCAGGCCGUACCGCACGGACGACUUCAUCACCCGCCUGUACUACGAGACGCCGCGCUUCACCGUGCUCAACCAGACGUGGGUGCUGAAAGCCCGUGUUAACGACUCCGAGCGCAACCCCAACCUGUCGUGCAAACGCACCCUCUCCUUCCAGCUGAUCCUCAAAAGCAAGGUACGCACACUAACGUCUGUCCGUGUUUAUUUUUAAAGUUCGUUAGCGUACUUAUUUUCAGAGCGAGGUGUUAAGAACAUGACCUGGAAGUGUUACAGAAGUGAGAAGCACUUUUUUUGCUGCCAUCUAAGCUGCUAUUUUCUGAUUAUAAUUGAAUAUGAAUAGCAUUUGAAUUGAGCAAAUCUGCUUUGGUGUAAUUGGGUAAAAGAUUAUAGUUACAUAUUCCUGCUCGAACAACUGAGUGUGAUUUUUGUUAUCAUUCUCUCAUUCAUGUCCAUUUCAUUUGUAAAGCCCCAAAUCAAAAAUUAGGUUACAACCCUUAUGUUUCACCCUCAAUUUAAAUUAAGCAACUCUUUAAUUUGAGAUAAGGAAGUUAAGUGCCUUUAAUAACACAUAUAGACCACUGCACUGAGCUUUUAGAAGUAUCAAAGAAAACAAAGGAAAAGUCCCCUUUGAGUGGAAAUACUUCUCUAAAUGAAUACAAUUGAGUGAAUGUAUUGUUUAUUCGAUAUACCAAUACCAUAUAUAGGGUUAAAUGGAAUAAAAUAAUGAAGUGAUGACAUUUUGGACGGACUUAAAUUAUGUAUAUGUGUCAGAAAUAUUAGUUUUUAUUUAAGA